CUGCUUCGAGGAGUAUAUCUAUGACUUAGAGCUAGUCCGGCCAUCUCAACUUCGAUGGCUUGUGGAGGUUCCUGGCUUCCUCCCAUCUCAAGAGCAGCCUGUGGCAGAGCGCUGGAGAGGAGUCGAGAGGAAGGUGACUCCAGUGUGACUGAGGCCGAGAGGAGAUACAAUGGUACCUGCAAUGAUCUCCCAGAAUCCAAGGGAUGUUUUGUGAAUGUGACAUACCCCAGCAGUGGAGUCAGCCGCUCACCUUCUGCAAGGACAAGCCGGACAGUCAGCCAGCCUCCAGGCCUGCUCGGAGCAUGUGCUCAGCUGGCCACUGCUGCAGAUCCAAGCCAGAAGUCCUCCUCCUGCUCUCCCUCUUCCUCCUCCUCCUCCUCCUCCUCCUCCUCACAUUCCCAUCAGUCCCAGGAAGCCUUGGAGCCCGAGGUCCACAAGGCUCAGCAGCCUGAAGACUUCAGCCUGCUCAGGCUGCAGACAAAAGAUGGGCAGCGACCUGAGUGGACGUUUUACCCAAGGUUCAGCAGCAGUAUCCACACUUACCACGUCGGAAAGCAGUGCUUCUUCAAUGGUGUCUUUCUGGGCAACAGGAGGUCUGUGUCUGAGUGGACAGUGGACAAGAGCCUCGGGAGAAAGAGAUACGAUAUCGAUCCCAGGAAUGGAAUCCCGAAGUUAGCUCCAGGGGACAACCCUUAUCUCUUCCCAGAACAGAGUAAAGGCUUCCACCAGGCAGGGUCUACUCUGCCGCUGGUGAGCUUCUCCUUGGUGCCGUACCAGAAGAAGUUUGACACAUUUAUUCCACUUGAGCCUCUUCCACCUGCUCCCAGCCUGCCUUUCUGGGUGAAGGAGAAGGCCGACCAGCUGAAGAACGAGAUCAGGGAAGUUGAGGAGCUGGACAACUGGCAGCCAGCGGCGCCCUUAAAGUGUGGACUUUCCCAGGCAAACCUGAGCAGACCUGGCUGCUGUGCCCUGGCGAGCCUCUUCUGGGGGCUGGGGCUGACCGUGUAG